CACGCUGCUGCCGCCCGUGGGUGGUUGUGGCCACCGAGCCCAGAAGGAGGCGGCGGCGGCGGCGGCGGCGGCAGCGGCGGCAGCGGCGGCAGCAGCGGCAGCGAAUGAUGCCUGGGAAACUCCUCUGGGGGGACAUUAUGGAGCUGGAGGCACCCUUGGAGGAGACCGAGAGCCAAAGGAAGGAGAGGCAAAAGAGCUUUAUGGAUAUCGGAAUUUCGGAUAAGGGAUUAUGGACCUGUACUUCCCUUAUAGGGUUGUUAUGAAGAUUUAAACAAGAUAAGCCGAAAACACAUUACACAAUGCUGGAGUGAUAGAAGGAAGUCAAGGCACCAUUAUGACUCAGAUGAGAAAUCAGAAACAAGAGAAAAUGGUGUUACAGAUAACUUGGAUGCUCCCAAGCCCAAAAAAGCUAAAAUGAAAGAGAAGCUAAAUGGAGACACUGAAGAAGGAUGUAAUAAUAGACUUUCAGAUGAAUUUUCUAAAUCUCAUAAGUCAAGAAGAAAAGAUCUGUCAAAUGGAGAUAUUGGUGAAUAUGAAAAAAAAUCAAAGCGAAUGUCAUCCUUAGAUAGUUCUACUCAUAAAUCAAGUGAUAAUAAACUAGAGGAGACCCUAACACGUGAACAGAAAGAAGGAGCCUUCUCCAAUUUCCCUAUUUCUGAAGAGACAAUAAAGCUUCUAAAAGGUCGAGGGGUAUCAUAUCUCUUUCCUAUUCAAGUUAAGACCUUUGGUCCUGUAUAUGAAGGAAAAGAUUUAAUUGCUCAAGCACGGACAGGAACAGGAAAGACAUUCUCUUUUGCCAUCCCCUUGAUUGAAAGACUCCAAAGAAAUCAAGAGACAAUUAAAAAAAGCCGCUCACCAAAGGUUCUUGUUUUGGCUCCUACAAGGGAACUGGCAAACCAAGUAGCCAAAGACUUCAAAGAUAUCACUAGGAAACUCAGUGUGGCAUGUUUUUAUGGUGGAACAUCCUAUCAAAGCCAAAUUAAUCAUAUUCGAAAUGGUAUUGACAUCUUGGUCGGGACUCCUGGUCGUAUCAAAGACCAUCUGCAGAGCGGCCGAUUAGAUCUUUCUAAACUGCGCCAUGUUGUGCUUGAUGAAGUGGAUCAAAUGUUAGAUUUAGGUUUUGCUGAACAAGUUGAAGAUAUUAUCCAUGAAUCCUACAAAACUGAUUCUGAAGACAAUCCUCAGACUUUACUUUUUUCUGCAACUUGCCCACAGUGGGUAUACAAAGUUGCAAAAAAAUACAUGAAAUCCAGAUACGAACAGGUUGACCUUGUCGGAAAAAUGACUCAAAAGGCUGCAACUACUGUGGAACAUUUGGCCAUCCAGUGCCAUUGGUCUCAGAGGCCAGCAGUUAUUGGAGACGUCCUUCAAGUCUACAGUGGGUCUGAAGGGAGGGCUAUUAUUUUCUGUGAAACCAAAAAGAAUGUAACUGAAAUGGCCAUGAAUCCACAUAUAAAACAGGUUAUGAUCUUAUGGGUUGUGAGAUUGAGCCCCACAUCAGGCUCUGCACUCAGCGGGGAGUCUGAAGAUUCUCUCCUUCUGCCCUUCCCCACACUCGCACAGAAUGCCCAAUGUUUACAUGGGGACAUUGCACAGUCACAAAGAGAAAUUACACUGAAAGGCUUCAGAGAAGGUAGUUUUAAAGUUUUGGUGGCAACCAAUGUGGCUGCCCGUGGUUUGGACAUUCCUGAGGUUGAUCUGGUGAUUCAAAGUUCUCCUCCCCAGGAUGUUGAGUCCUAUAUUCAUCGUUCUGGACGAACAGGUAGAGCUGGCCGGACAGGGAUUUGCAUAUGUUUUUAUCAACCCAGAGAAAGAGGUCAACUAAGAUAUGUGGAACAAAAAGCAGGAAUUACUUUUAAACGUGUAGGUGUUCCUUCUACAAUGGAUUUAGUUAAAUCUAAAAGCAUGGAUGCCAUCAGGUCUCUGGCUUCCGUUUCUUAUGCUGCUGUUGAUUUUUUCCGACCAUCAGCUCAGAGAUUGAUAGAAGAGAAAGGGGCAGUGGAUGCAUUGGCUGCAGCAUUAGCCCACAUCUCUGGUGCAUCAAGUUUUGAACCACGAUCUUUGAUCACCUCUGAUAAGGGGUUUGUCACCAUGACUUUGGAAAGCCCAGAAGAAAUACAGGAUAUCAGCUGUGCAUGGAAAGAACUUAACAGAAAGCUGAGUAGUAAUGCUGUCUCCCAAAUUACCAGAAUGUGCCUCCUAAAAGGAAAUAUGGGUGUUUGCUUUGAUGUUCCCACAACUGAGUCAGAAAGGUUACAGGCAGAGUGGCAUGAUUCAGACUGGAUACUUUCAUUGCCAGCCAAGUUACCCGAAAUUGAAGAAUAUUAUGAUGGAAACACAUCUUCUAACUCCAGGCAGAGGAGUGGCUGGUCAAGUGGCCGGUCCGGCCGGUCGGGCCGGUCAGGUGGUCGAUCUGGUGGCCGGUCAGGUAGACAGAGUCGACAGGGAAGUCGGUCAGGAAGUCGACAAGAUGGUAGAAGACGAAGUGGGAAUAGAAAUCGAUCAAGAAGCGGGGUCCACAAACGGAGUUUUGACUGAGUAUUUGAUAGUUAAUCUACCAGUGUGAGCUUGCCUAUUUCUGCCUAAUCAUGUACAUUAUCCACCAAAAAUUAGGUCAUCAUAGUUGAGGUAUGUGUCUGCUCUUUGCAAAGAAGUUGGUCAUAUUUUUUUAAAAAGUAUUUCGCAAGAAUGGUUGUAAACAAAUCUACUUAUCCAGUUAUACCUUUGAAUAAAAAAACUCCUUUUAUUGUCUCUUUUCA